ACAAUAUCCAAAAGUGGGCAAGUAUGGGCUUUGAGCCUUUUUGGACAGUCAUCCCUACCAUUUUUUUUUGUUAAUAAAAUAUACUAUGAAUAUCCUCCAAAUAUAUUAAACAAAGCUGCAAUAUUUUUUUGAUGAUGAGUCCAUCAUUCGGGUUCUGAGUCUUGAUCAAAUCUUCAUUUAUAUAUAAAAGGAAAAAAAAAACCCAAGAAUAAAUCCAGAAAAGCUCUCCAGCUUCCGCAUAAUUGCGUCUCUAUCUUCCUUCUUUUUUCCCCCAGAUAUAUCAUUUACGUACUCUCCUUCAGACCAGAGUUUGUUGUAGAUUUUCGCUAUCCUGUUUCAAUGUUGGAACGGUUUUCAAUUUCAUCUCAUCUGUGAUUUGGGUUUUUGAGGAAAGCUAAGAGGAGAAACACAGUAGAGCAAAAACAUGUGGGGAUUCGGAGGGAGGCACUAUUGGGGAAGAAAAGAAAGAGGGAGGAAAGUGGAAGGAAUCGUGGUGAUAUUCGCAUGGAUGUCAAGCCAAGAUAAGCACUUGAAGAAUUAUGUCGAUCUUUACUCCUCUCUGGGAUGGAAUUCGCUGGUUUGCCAUUCCCAAUUCCUCAAUAUGUUCUUUCCUGAAAAGGCUGUUCCAUUGGCUGUAGAAAUUAUUAGAGAGCUUGUUGAGGUAACUCCUAGAGUAUUUUAUACACUGCAUCUGAUUAAGGAUUGUUCUGUUAUAGGUAAACUCAUUUAUUUUAGGAAUGAAUGUAGCCCUGCAAACUGAAAAUGUUCAGUCGAAAUAAUUUCUUUGAGCCAUUGGAUUCAUUGCUGAUAUCUGCGUCUAGGGAUUUUUUCGGUUCUGAUUUUCUUUAACUUUUCCUUUUAUAAAUCGUCCUAAUUACGGUGAACUGUUACAUUUGUGGAUCAAUCAACUGGGAGUAUGUUAACUUUUCAUAUUUUUUUAUUUGAUAUAGGAGCUCAAAAUGAGACCCUGCCCAGUUGUCUUCGCAUCAUUUUCCGGUGGUCCAAAAGCCUGCAUGUACAAAGUUCUUCAGAUAAUUGAGCACAACUGUGAAGAACAAAUCUAUCUGGAUGAGUUCCAGCUUGUUAGGGACUGUAUUUCAGGGUUCAUCUUUGAUUCUAGCCCUGUAGAUUUCACUAGUGACUUGGGCACUAAAUUUAUUCUUCAUCCAACUGUUCUGAAGAUGUCCAAACCUCCAGCCAUCGUUUCUUGGAUUGCCAAUGGAAUCGCCUCCAGCCUGGAUUCUCUAUUCCUUAGCAGGUUCGAGAGUCAAAGAGCAGAGUAUUGGCAGACACUAUAUGCUACUGUAAGCAUGCAAUCUCCAUAUCUCAUUUUGUGCUCAGAAGAUGAUGAUCUUGCUCCUUAUCCUAUCAUUCUCAAUUUUGCUCAACGGAUACAAGAACUUAAGGGUGAUCUUAAACUGGUCACAUGGAGCAGCUCCUCUCAUGUUGGUCAUUAUCGGCAAUAUUCAUCAGAAUAUAAAGCUGCUGUGACUGAGCUGCUGAACAAAGCUGCUAUUAGUUACUCGAAACGCAUUCGACAACUGGAAGGGGAGAGAAUGGGCUUAGAGGAAACAGGUGAUGAGAUAUCAAAACCAUUUUGCAACCUUAGAAAGGCUGCAUCGAGUUCACAAAAGAGCUUUCAAAGAAUUGCCCUAGAGUUAAAUGACCAUUUCGUUGUACCUAGCUCAGUGGAGUAUCCUGAGGGUAGAGAUGUGGGAUCUGAGCCAGAUGAACAUAAAGAACGUUUUAUCCCUCUAUCUAGCCUUCCAAACAUAAAUGCUCAUGGAGUACUUGGUCAAGUUCUGUUUGAUGUCUGUGUGCCAAAGAAUGUUGAGGACUGGGAUCUAGGGUUAUCACCCUUGUUGAGCAGGAGGAGUUUCACUCCAGCCCGGAGGCAUUCACCUUUCAAUCCGAUUAAAUGCAUCCGACGCUCAAGAUUAUGACAUGUUAACCAUCUUCUUGGCGCCCUCUCAAUCCAUUCGCGGGUUCUAAGGUGUUUUGGAUCUCUCAGCAUUCGGUGUACAUUUUAAGGCUGUAACGUGAUUUAGUCCGAAGUUGUAAAUUAGGGAUUAAUUUUAGAGUUUAGUUUUCCACUGACCUUUCAGUCUUGUUCUAUUAGCCAGUGUUGAUAAUCAAAGAAAAUAAUGCAACAUGAAAUGUGAUGGCUGACAAGUGGAAGAUGAAAUAAAAUCGUCUACUAGAUGCUUGAAAUGUUGAAAUGUUGUAUAUUACUAUAUUUGAUCAAAAUUAUUUUUCGGCC